AUGGGAGUUCCCGCGGGGAGGAGCGCACCGCAGCCCCGAGUCUGGCCGCUGCGUCUCACUCGAGCCCAAGGAGGCGUGGGCUCCGGGAAUUGCGGGCGAAGGGGGCGGCGACCAGGCACUCUGUGGCCACUGCGGCCGCGCGGCCGCGGCUUGUGCGGCUCGGCGACCGCCGGCCCGGGGUCGGGGCCGGGACCCGCGCCUUUCCUGGCGCCCGCCGCUGUCGGGGGCAUCUCGUUCCAUCUGCAGAUCGGCCUGAGCCGCGAGCCAGUGCUGCUGCUGCAGGACGCGUGCGGCGACUACAGCCUGGCUCAGGUCCGCGAGAUGGCUUGUUCCAUCGUCGACCAGAAGUUCCCUGAAUGUGGUUUCUACGGAAUGUAUGAUAAGAUUCUACUUUUUCGCCAUGACCCUACCUCUGAAAACAUCCUUCAGCUGGUGAAAGCGGCUAGUGAUAUCCAGGAAGGAGAUCUUAUUGAAGUUGUCUUGUCAGCUUCUGCCACCUUUGAAGACUUUCAGAUCCGUCCCCACGCUCUCUUUGUUCAUUCAUACAGAGCUCCGGCUUUCUGUGAUCACUGUGGAGAAAUGCUGUGGGGACUGGUACGUCAGGGCCUUAAAUGCGAAGGAUGUGGACUAAAUUACCAUAAGAGAUGUGCAUUUAAAAUCCCAAACAACUGUAGUGGCGUGAGGAGGAGAAGACUCUCGAAUGUUUCCCUCAGCACUGUCCGCACAGCAUCGACCGAGCUCUCCACAAGUGCCCCUGAUGAGCCCCUUCUGCAAAAGUCACCAUCAGAGUCAUUUAUCGGUCGAGAUAAGAGAUCGAAUUCUCAGUCAUAUAUCGGACGGCCAAUUCAGCUGGACAAGAUUUUGAUGACAAAAGUGAAAGUGCCGCACACGUUUGUCAUCCAUUCCUACACCCGCCCCACCGUGUGCCAGUACUGUAAGAAGCUUCUCAAGGGGCUCUUCAGACAGGGUCUGCAGUGCAAAGAUUGCAGAUUCAAUUGUCAUAAGCGUUGUGCACCCAAAGUACCAAACAACUGCCUCGGUGAGGUGACCAUUAAUGGAGAUUUACUUGGCCCUGGAGCAGAGUCUGAUGUGGUCAUGGAAGAAGGGAGUGAUGACAAUGACAGUGAGAGGAACAGUGGACUUAUGGAUGACAUGGAAGAGGCCAUGGUCCAAGACGCUGAAAUGGUGAUGGUGGAGUGCCAGAAUGACAGUGGGGAAAUGCAGGAUCCAGACCAAGAUCAUGAAGACUCCAACAGAACCAUUAGUCCAUCAACAAGCAACAAUAUCCCACUCAUGAGAGUCGUGCAAUCUGUCAAACACACAAAGAGGAAAAGCAGCACGGUGAUGAAGGAGGGGUGGAUGGUCCACUACACCAGCAAGGACGCGCUGAGGAAACGGCACUAUUGGAGAUUGGAUAGCAAAUGUAUUACCCUCUUUCAAAAUGACACAGGAAGCAGGUACUACAAGGAAAUCCCUUUAUCAGAAAUUUUAUCCCUGGAACCAGCAAAAACGUCAGCUUCAAUUCCUACUGGGACCAAUCCUCAUUGUUUUGAAAUUACAACAGCAAAUGUAAUAUAUUAUGUUGGGGAAAAUGUGAUCAAUCCUUCCAGUCCACCACCAAACAACAGUGUCCUCACCAGUGGCAUUGGUACUGAUGUGGCCAGGAUGUGGGAGAUGGCCAUCCAGCAUGCACUGAUGCCAGUCAUCUCCAAGGGUCCCUCUGUGGGCUCAGGAACCAAUUCGCACAGAGAUAUUUCUGUGAGUAUUUCAGUAUCAAAUUGCCAGAUUCAAGAAAAUGUGGAUAUCAGCACAGUAUAUCAGAUAUUUCCAGAUGAAGUGCUUGGUUCUGGACAGUUUGGAAUUGUUUAUGGAGGAAAACAUCGUAAAACAGGAAGAGAUGUAGCUAUUAAAAUCAUUGACAAAUUAAGAUUUCCAACAAAACAAGAAAGCCAGCUUCGUAAUGAAGUUGCAAUUUUACAGAACCUUCAUCACCCCGGUGUUGUAAAUUUGGAGUGUAUGUUUGAAACGCCUGAAAGAGUGUUUGUUGUUAUGGAAAAACUCCAUGGAGACAUGUUGGAGAUGAUCUUGUCAAGUGAAAAGGGCAGGUUGCCAGAGCACAUAACGAAGUUUUUAAUUACUCAGAUACUUGUGGCAUUGCGGCAUCUUCACUUCAAAAAUAUUGUUCACUGUGACCUUAAACCAGAAAAUGUGUUGUUAGCAUCAGCUGACCCUUUUCCUCAGGUGAAACUUUGUGAUUUUGGUUUUGCCCGGAUCAUUGGAGAAAAGUCUUUCCGGAGGUCGGUGGUGGGCACCCCAGCUUACUUGGCUCCUGAGGUUCUACGGAACAAGGGCUAUAAUCGCUCUCUAGACAUGUGGUCUGUUGGCGUCAUUAUCUAUGUAAGCCUGAGUGGCACAUUCCCAUUUAAUGAAGAUGAAGACAUACACGACCAAAUCCAGAAUGCAGCUUUCAUGUAUCCACCAAAUCCCUGGAAGGAAAUUUCUCCUGAAGCCAUUGAUCUUAUCAAUAAUUUGCUGCAAGUAAAAAUGAGAAAACGCUACAGCGUGGAUAAGACUUUGAGUCAUCCUUGGCUACAGGAUUAUCAGACCUGGUUAGACUUACGGGAGCUGGAGCGUAAAACUGGGGAACGGUAUAUCACCCACGAAAGUGAUGACUCGAGGUGGGAGCAGUAUGCCAGCGAGCAGGGGCUGCAGUACCCCACACACCUGAUCAACCCGAGUGCUAAGCAUAGCGACAGUCCUGAGACAGAAGAAACAGAGAUGAGAGCCCUCAGUGAACGUGUCAGCAUCCUCUGA